AUGGGGGCGAUGUUAUGACCUGGUAGUCAGAAAACACCCCGGAAGGAUGUUCAUCGCAGAGAGACUGGAUUGCGCGCAUCGUGCCAAGACCAAGGCCAGGACUGAGAGUGAAACUCACUGUAUAGGCGUAAACAUGGCGUCUCUGCAACAAUAAUAACAUUUAUGAUUUUAAAAGAUUAGCAGAUUUUUAAAGAUUCAUGGAGUUCUGGCGUAUGACUGUUUGAAUAUUUUAUCAAUCAGAGGUAACUUUGCCAGGCUAUGCUAACUUUACCUAAACGCGGGCACAAACGAGUUGCCUCUGGAUAAAGCUGAAGAAAGAGCAGGGCCCUACCACAUAGACGACUAACUACUAAACAGCUGCAGAUGAAAUGAGACGACUGUUCCUCUAAAUCACCGUAUAAAGUAGGCCUACUAAAGUUAGUUUGCUGAUUCGCCAGCUAAAGUGAAAAGAAGAAACACUGCAGCAUUUAGGGCGCGGCUCCACCGUGAUCAGUGAACGCAGCAAGGUGAAAGCACCGACUGCACAUUUCCACUUGUUUAACGCUUUACUUGUCUGGGAGAUCGCAAGGCGAAUCAGUGAAGAUAUUUAACUGUCGUAUGCUACACAAGACAGUAUCAUUAUAUAAUAGGUGACGUAUAUGAUUGUUGAGCUAAUUCGCUAACUAGUUAGCAGUGGAGGAACACCUAGAGCAGGCCGCCACCAUGAGGGCUCAGCUGCCAAAUGUGGACGCUUUGUCCUCCUCCAAAAUCUCCCAAAAGGUGCUGCUGACCUACAAAUUGUUUUUAUUGGAAAAUGCCCGUAAUGUGCUCAACAAGGAGUUGGACAACUCAGCAAAAAAGGCUUAUGAAGAGGUCAACGGAUUUUUGAAUUCGUCUCUCCCAACUAGUGCUUUCAAGGGUCUUUCAGAAACUUUGGAUGCAAGAUGUCAAGCUAUUGAAAAGCUAUCUUUAAUGCUUAGGAACUUAAAUUUUGGUAAGUUAAGGGUUAAUCAAAAUUUUGAUCAAUAUAAAAUGGAUCACAAUCAGCCAGUCAAGGAGAAGUAUGCCUUCAAAUUUGGACCUAAGUUUCAGGACAUGUUUAUUAUGCGAUCUUUGGGCAGAGCUGUUCAAGUGCUUGGAGCCAGCCUACCUUUUCAACAUUUUAAGCAUUUGAUAGUGCCACAAAAACAUACCAAGUGGGACAAUACCAGAAACAUUAACCUAUCCACAUCUCAGGUACAAGAGAAGGAUUCCGUUUGUAGUGCCUCAUUUGGCACUCUGCAAGAAAUUGAAAUUCAGAAGGAAAAGGAGGAAAAAAAUGUGGAACAAGGCUCAUCCCAUGAAGCGAUCCUUCUACCUGCUACUUGUCACACUGUUGAAAGUAAUGCUCACAAGUUAUUGCUACCUCCGAUUCAUGUGAUUCCUCAAGCAACUAGCUACAAUGAGCCUUAUGUAGGUGUCCCUACCACGAAAUGGGGACGUGAAGAUGACAUCCAAGUGCAACAUCAAAAACAAACCUCCUCUCAACUUCUGCACUUUCUCAAAGUAAAGGCUAAAAACACAGGUGCACUCAAUGCCACUGUUAUGGAGUGGAGUAAUAGUUUUUUGGGCCUCCCAACACCAAUAUGUUCAAUUCAAAACACUCCAAAACAAGCAUACAAAUUCAAACAAGAUGCUGUAUGGCCCACUGGUAUGUUUUUUGAAACUGAAAACCAUGUACCACUUUUCAAGCUAAAACGUCUGGACUCGAACGGCUCUCUGAUCUAUACCUGUGUGAUUGCAAGCAAGACAGAACUGUGGGACAUUGGGGACAUAGUUACAGAUUUUGACUCUGAACGUAGCUCAGUGUCCAGUGAAAAAACAUCUCUGAUGAUGCCCUCUGAUGACACAGUUCAGUGGGCUGAUGCUGCUGUGCAGAAAAAUGAUUUCACUAGUGUAAAACUGAACAUAGGGAAUGUUAUAACCAUCCCUGAGUUUCAACAUAAGAGAUUUGAAGAGAUUCAAGUUGUCGUGUCUCACAUUGUCAACCCUGGCCAUUUCUACAUUCAGCAUGCAGAUGCAAAGGAAAAACUGCAGACCCUUACCACAGAAGCCUGGAAAAAAAGUGAUUCGUUUGCAGAACAGAACUGCAUUCCAAACAUUGGCACUAAAGUUAUGGGCUGGUUUCCUCAACAGAAGCAAUGGUGCAGGUCUCAGGUCACAAAGAUCUGUGGAAUAAGUAAAGAUGAUAUCAACAACAGCACUAAGGAGGUGUCCAUCACUGUGGAGGUUAAGAGGUUGGACUAUGGGGACUUCUUUUGUCUGUCUCUGUCAAAUAUAAAGGAGCUGACCUCUGAAAUGGCUGUUCUGCCGCUCCAGGCUGUACAAGUCUCUUUAGCACAUGUGUCGCCUGUAAAUGACAGAGGCUGGUCUGAGAUGGCGGUGGAUUGGUUUAGAGACAUGGUACACCAGAGGAUCCUUUACGCCAGACUAUACCCAGAGGGACACAGGAUCACAGUGGAGCUCUUCCUAGAAAAGGGCAACAUCAAAGCCAUGAGGAGAGGUGCCUCCCUCUCUCUGAGACUGACCCAGAACGGACAUGCAAAACAUGACAAACUAAAGAAUGGUGUUGUUUUAAAAUUCACUUUGAAAGACCUGGAGUCAAAAAUGAACUGGGGUUCCUUUUAUGCCGUUAUCAGCGGCGUAAACAGGCACUCUACAGGAAUUGGACGCAUUUGGCUUUCUGUCAUUUUCAUUUUCCGAAUCCUGGUACUGGUGGUUGCAGCAGAGAGUGUGUGGGGGGACGAGAAGUCUGGCUUUACCUGCAACACACAGCAGCCCGGCUGUAACAGCGUGUGCUAUGACCAGUUCUUCCCCAUAUCCCAUAUCAGGCUCUGGGCACUUCAACUCAUACUGGUGUCCACUCCUGCUCUGCUGGUGGCUAUGCAUGUAGCCCAUCGGCGACAUAUUGACAAGAAGAUCCUGAAAAGGUCUGGCCGCGGCAGCCCUCGGGAACUUGAACGCAUCAAGAACCAGAAGUUUCAGAUCACUGGAGCCCUGUGGUGGACAUACAUGAUCAGCAUUAUCUUCAGAAUCCUAUUUGAGGUAGCCUUCCUCUACAUCUUCUACUUGAUCUAUCCUGACUUUAAAAUGGUGCGCUUGGUGAAGUGUGACUCCUACCCCUGUCCCAACACAGUAGACUGUUUCGUCUCUAGGCCCACAGAAAAGACUGUCUUCACUGUCUUCAUGCUGGCUGUGUCUGGAGUGUGUGUGCUGCUCAACAUGGCUGAGGUGCUCUAUCUGAUUGGAAGGGCCUGCACACGCUGCUUCUGCAGAUCUAAGGACGAGUCCAAAGCAGACUGGAUCAGCCAGAGAUUGUCGUCUUAUAAACAAAAUGAAAUCAAUCUGCUAACAGAUCAGUCUCUCAAGUCAAAGUUCACUGUGACUAAAAAAAGUCCCACCGAGAAGGGUGAAAGGUGUUCAGCCUUUUGA